UGUCGUCUGUAGCUUUUCCUGAGAAUCACAUGUCGCUCCUCUCAAUCUUCUCUGUACGCCAUUUAAAUUCUGUUUACCUUCUUUUUCCAUGGAAUUCUCAUCUCUUUAGUCUCCACCUUUUCUUUCCGCUCAAUCAUGGUCGCCAAAUACGGUUCGUUCAAGCAUAGUUUUGCCGAGCGGAGGGAGAGGCUGCUUUCCGCUAAGGAAUUCCCCGACCUAGCUUUUGCCGCCUUUCAAACCAUUCAGGAAAACCCUUCUUCUUGUUCUCCCUUUCUCGGAAUCUCCCGUCUCUGGAAAUCAGCCAAGGAUGUUGUUUACGAAGCUUGGCAGAUGGGUGUAUCCGACCCUAGGAAGAUCGUUUUCUCUGCCAAGAUGGGUCUCGCUUUGAUGCUUAUUUCUUUGUUGAUCUUCUUCAAGCAGCCCGUUGAGGAGUUGAGCCGCUACUCUGUUUGGGCGAUCCUCACUGUCGUCGUCGUCUUUGAGUUCAGCAUAGGAGCAACUCUGAGCAAAGGAUUCAACCGUGGAUUGGGCACUCUGUCCGCUGGUGGUCUUGCAUUGGGAAUGGCAGAAUUAUCAGUUCUUGCCGGAGAUUGGGAGGAGGUUGUGGUGGUAAUCAGUAUUUUUAUAACAGGAUUCUUUGCCACUUAUGCUAAGCUGUAUCCCACAAUGAAGCCUUAUGAAUAUGGAUUUCGGGUGUUCUUGUUAACGUACUGCUUCAUAAUGGUGUCGGGGUAUAGAACUAGGGAGUUUAUCCAUACAGCUGUGACUCGAUUCUUGCUCAUUGCUCUUGGUGCUGGUGUUUGUUUGGUGGUUAACAUAUGCAUUUACCCCAUUUGGGCUGGUGAGGAUCUGCACAAUCUAGUAGUGAAAAACUUUGCAGGCGUUGCAGCAUCCUUGGAAGGAUGUGUUGAUAACUACCUUAAUUGUGUUGAGUACGAGAGAAUACCUUCCAAAAUCCUUACAUACCAAGCGUCUGAUGAUCCAUUGUACAAAGGCUACCGGUCAGCUGUUGAAUCUAUGAGUCAAGAGGAAUCUCUGAUGGGAUUUGCAAUCUGGGAACCGCCACAUGGUCGUUACAAGAUGCUUAAAUAUCCAUGGAAGAACUAUGUUCAAGUAGCUGGUGCGCUGAGACAUUGUGCCUUUGCUGUCAUGGCAUUACAUGGGUGUAUACUUUCAGAAAUACAGGCCCCAGCUGAAAGACGACAGGUAUUUGGCAAUGAGCUCCGGAGGGUAGGCUACGAAGGAGCUAAGGUCUUGCGUGAGCUUGGAAACAAGUUAAAGAGGAUGGAAACAUUAGAUUCAGCAACCAUACUUUCUGAGGUACAUGAUGCUGCAGAAGAGUUGCAAAAGAAGAUCGAUGCAAAAUCCUAUCUUCUUGUAAACUCAGAGAGCUGGGAAAUCGGGAAUCGUUCGGAGGACGUCGGACAGCCUCAAGAAUUACUCAACUUGGACGAUGAGGAAACCAGGUUUCGUGAGUACAGGUCCCUCAGUGAAGCUGUGCUGGAUCUCAGGGCCUUCCCAGUCCCGAAAAGCAGCGAUUACACCGUGUCAUCGGACAUGAACUCUAUACAUUCUGCUGCAGUACCGCCCACCAAAAUGUUCAAGAAACUGGGAUCAUGGCCUGCACAGAUUUCAGUCAAACCAAAUGGAGUAAUCCAAGAGGAGUCGAAAACAUACGAAAAUGCAAGUGCAUUGUCACUAGCUACGUUCACAUCUCUCUUGAUUGAAUUUGUAGCGAGGCUUCAAAACCUCGUCGACUCUUUCGACGAGUUAAGUGCGAAAGCUACGUUUAACGACCCCGUGGAAUGGGAAAAUUUGAAAUCUCCCGGGUUUUGGAGGCGGUUCUGCAAUUGUUUUAAGGUAUAGAUAUGUUAGAUAACAGCGGUCGGACAAAAAUGUUGAGAGGAUGAAUCCUAAUGAGUUAGCUACAUAGAAAAUUUGAUAUGCAAAAUAGAUGUAUUUGUAAAACAUCAAUACAAAUAGAAGUCUUCUCAUUUCUCUUAA